GCUGCUCCUGGUUAGGGAGGGUGAAGACAGAAUAGCCAGUGGAGCAAGCACCCAGAAGGAGGAGCAGAAGGGCCAGAAGCUACAAACAGAAGAGAAGACAGGAUCCACUUCUCACCUCUUCCCAAGCUGCCUGCCAGCGCAUUUCCUUGGCAGCCAGGGCAGCACGUCUUCUGGGCUCACAGGUCGCUGUGCACGACUCAGAGAAGAGCACAGGGCUCUGGGCACUGGACCCCGCUCCGCAGCUGGUACAGGAGGGAACAUGGCGGGCCAGCGGGCACUGCUGCUAGCUGGCUUUCUUCUGUCUGGGUUCCUGCUCCCAGAGGCCGCCGAAAUUCUGACUGUAUCCUCACUGGGUGGAAGCCAUUAUCUACUGCUGGACCGGGUAUCUCAGAUUCUUCAAGAUCAUGGUCAUAAUGUCACCAUGCUUCUUUAUGGAGGAGAUUAUUUAAUCCCAAAUAUGUCCCAGAAAGUUAAGGAGGAAAUGGAGUUUGAAAGCUGUCAACAGUCCAACUUCAAAAAUGGUGCCAGACUCUUUAGUACACAUGAGUUAUGGGGGAAAUGUCGGAAUGAAAAGAAGGAAAAUGCAUACCAAGUUAUCAGUUGGCUUCUACCUGAGGAUCAUGAAAAAGAAUUAAAGGAACAUUUUGAUUCCUAUAUGAAGGAAGCUUUGCAUGGCAGAGAAGCAUUUGACACCUUUGUAAAGUUAAUGGAACAAUUGGGGAUUCAAUGCAGUGAUUUGCUAAGGAGAAGUGAUAUCAUGGAUUCCUUAAAAAAUGAGAACUUUGACCUGGUAUUUGUUGAAGCAUUUGACUUCUGUUCUUUCCUGGUUGCUGAGAAGCUUGGGAAGCCAUUUGUGUCAAUUCUUCCCACCCCAUUUGGCAGUGUGGACCUUGGGCUACCAAACCCGGUGUCUUAUGUUCCGGUAUUCCAUUCCUUGCUAACCGACCACAUGGACUUCUGGGGCAGAGUGAGGAAUUUUCUGAUGUUCUUGGAUUUCUUCUUAAGGCAAUGGCGAAUCCAGUCUACAUUUGACAACACCAUCAAGGAACAUUUCCCGGAAGGCUCUAGGCCGGUUUUGUCUCAUCUUCUAAAGAAAGCAGAGCUAUGGUUUGUUAACUCUGACUUUGCCCUUGAAUUUGCUAGGCCCCUGCUUCCCAACACUGUGUAUGUUGGAGGUUUAAUGGCCAGACCUGUUAAACCAGUACCACAAGAAUUUGAGAAUUUUAUCAGCAAGUUUGGAGAUUCUGGUUUUGUUCUUGUGGCCCUGGGCUCCAUGGUGAGCACCUAUCAGUCCCAGGAAGUUCUCAUGGAGAUGAACAGUGCCUUUGCUCAUCUCUCCCAAGGGGUGAUAUGGAAGUGUAAGCCUUCUAAGUGGCCCAAAGACGUCAAAUUGGCAGCAAAUGUGAAAAUCGUGGACUGGCUUCCUCAGAAUGACCUCUUGGCUCACCCACGCAUCCGUCUUUUUGUCACCCAUGGUGGGUUGAAUAGCAUAAUGGAGGCCAUCCAACACGGUGUGCCCAUCGUGGGGAUUCCAGUCCUUGGAGACCAGCCUGAAAACAUGGUCCGAGUAGAAGCCAAGAAGUUUGGUGUCUCUAUCCAGUUAAAGCAGAUCAAGGCAGAGACAUUGGCUCUGAAGAUGAAGGAAGUCAUAGAAGACAAGAGGUACAAGUCAGCAGCGGUGGCCGCCAGCAUCAUCAGGCGCUCCCACCCCCUGACCCCCGCCCAGAGGCUGGUGGGCUGGACCGACCACAUCCUCCAGACAGGGGGUGCAGCCCACCUCAAGCCCCAUGCCCUGCAGCAGCCGUGGCAUGAGCAAUACCUGCUGGAUGUCUUCUUGUUCCUGCUGGUGGUCACCCUGAGCACCCUGUGGCUCUGCGGGAAGCUGCUGGGCAUGGUGGCCAUGUGGCUGUGUGGGGCCAGGAAGCUGAAGAAGGCCUGAUGGGGGUGCAGCCUUGAUGGGUAUUUGAGUAGCCACUGGUUCUACAAAGUCUCCAACCAUAAAGGAAACCCCUAGUGUCUCCCUGUAUUCCACCUGAUGGUGGCACAUAAAUUGCUCUUCAAUGCU